CCGCCACUGAUGCGCAGGCGGGUCGGGACAGGUACCCGGGGUCGGGGGCAGGGGGGACCCCUCUGUGCCGGGCGGGGUCCCCGCUCCGCCCGCGGGGCGCGCAGGGAGCGGGGCGGGGCUCGGGGCGCGCAACCUGCGCGGCCGUCGGGUCCGGCCGAGGCGGGGCGGCGGCGGCGACAUCAGCAUGAGGAUGAACUUGGGCGCCCUCACCCUCUUCGUGGCCCUGGUGGGACUUUCCAGCUUCGUCUUCCUCGUGGUGGCCAUCGCGACGGACUUCUGGUACAUCAUCGAUGCCUCCAAGCUGGACGCGUCCCGGAACGGCUCGGACGCGCUCAGCUCGCACUCGGGGCUCUGGCGGACCUGCCGCGUGAGGAGUGAGUGUUACCCUUUGAUAAACCCCUUCUGGCACAAGAAUGCAAACAUCACCGAGUCACACAGACAGCUUUUGUACAUGCAUGGAACAUUUGUCAUCCUGAUGCCCCUCAGCCUGAUACUGAUGAUUUUUGGAGGAAUGACUGGGUUCAUCAGUAUCCUUGCCAGGGCCUACCUACUGCUUCUGAUGACGGGACUGCUUUUUCUUUUUGGAGCUCUGGUCACACUUACUGGGAUCAGUGUCUAUAUUGCAUAUUCAGCUGCUGCCUUUGAAGAAGCUGUCUGCCUCCUGAGGAGCAAGGACCUCCUGGUGGAAAUCGAUAUCAGGUUUGGCUGGUCCCUGGCCCUGGUCUGGAUCUCCUUUGUGGCAGAAGUGCUCACUGGGGCCGUGUUCCUCCUGGCAGCAAGAGUUGUGGGUCUGAAACGGCAGCGUGAGCAGACAUUAUGAACAACAGGUAUCCUUGCAACAACAGAACCCUGGAGAGCCCGACAGUCUGGAUUGCUCGGUCCAGCUGCUCACUGGGGGUAUAUAAAAGUGGAAGGCUGAGUGCCUUGUCCACUGCUGUAAACCUUUUCCCUCACAGUUGGCUAUAAAACACAAUGAUUCUGAUAAAUCAGUAAAACAUUGCAAGUGCUGUCAAUAAGGACACCCUUGUGACUUUAGAAGAAAGUACAUUGCAGUGCUAGUGCUUUCAGACUAAUUUCAGCUGGCAGCUCGUGAGACAUCUCCAUUCACUGCUUGGAACAAGGCUGAUUUCUUGCUUUCUUUUAUCUUUUUUGCUGUCUAAGCAAAGUGCCUCAGAGUACCUUGCAGGUCAGCUUUUGGGUUCUCCUCUGAGGAUCCUAAGAAGGACAUGGACCUGCUGCAGUGAGUCCAGAGGAGGCCACAAAGAUGCUCCAAGGGCUGGAGCCCCUCUGGUAUGGAGGCAGACUGAGAGAGCUGGGGGUGUUCAGCCUGGAGCAGAGAAGGCUCUGGGGAGACCUUAGAGCCCCUUCCAGUACCUAAAGUGGGAUACAAGAGGAAAGGGACUUUGGAGAAGAGCCUGGUGGUUGGAACUAGAUGAUGUUUGAACUCCUUUCCAACCCAAACUGUUUCAUAAUUCUGUAAUCCAGCAGAUGGUAGUGACUGUGAUGGUAAAGUCCUUGCAGUGGUGAGUGUACUGCAAGAGAAAGAUACAGCUGCUUUCCCAGAUGUUUUAACUAACUACUGUAGCCAGCCCCAAUCUACUUCAGAUGCUCAGGCUACAUACUUAUCUUUUUCAGCCUGUCACUAGCUGCUUUUUCAAUUCUGUAAUGCCGAGGAUGUAUCUGAUGCAUUCCCCAGUUUUUAUUUUGCAUUUUUGAUGAUGCUUCCUUUUCAUGAAGUUUGUGCACAUGCUUUGUGCUAGAAUAUGUUUGUCUUGUGCUGGAAGCUGCUGAAUAAAGUGAACACACAGGAUACACGAAUUUCAUCCUUGGUGCCAAAGCAACCUAGUUUUUCCUCUGGGUAGUAGCACUUAAAAGAAUUGAAGUUACUCAAGAAAUUUCCCCCUGACUGCUGUGGCUUUGAAUAAAGACAUGAAUGUGUUAACAGCUUCCCUCCUUUUCUGUGAGAUCAUGUAUUUCUAGAGGGCCUCAGCACACUGCAGUUCAGGACUGUGACUCAGGAGCUGUGUCAGGCACACUCUGUCGUUGGGCAAGUCCCUUGUACAUCCUCCAGUGGUGCAAAGGGCAUUCACCUACCUCUGUUAUAUAUCAGGACAACUUUACCAGUGUGUCCCACGUUAAGGAUUGCACAUUCACUCUCUCUGAGCUCAGCUUUUAGUCCCACAGUACCAAUUCCUUCAUGAAAAAUAGUGGCAGGGAGCUUCUGGGAGCUUCCAGUCUUUGAAGACAGAAGGAAACAUUAUUAUUACCAUGCUGUGAAUGGAGAGCUGAGCCAGAAGAUCUGUCCAAGGUCACAUGAAACCAGAGUUUCUGAAUCCCAGCCUAAGACCUGAGUUGGCAGUUGCUUGUUAUCAGACUGAAGUAAGACUAGAAAUCCUGAACGGACUAAGAAGUAGAAAUUCUGUGGUUAGCCAGUCCAAUUUUGUAAUUCUCACUUGUUCUGACAUUGGUUUUCAGGUAUUUUCCAUGUUGCCUUAUGUUAGGACCAUGUAAUUGAGUGAUUUUACAAGUUAAAGCAUACCAAAUCAGCUCUAGAAAAAGAGUAAGAAAAACAAAUCCUUUGUAGUAAAAAUUCGAUGUGCUUAAGUGAAUUAUGUAAAAUGUGAUUCUGUGUUUUGUUGCUGGUGAAGCUAUUUAUAAUACAAUUUGUAUGAUGUUACUCAGACAUUACUGUAAGUGUAACAGUAAAAUAUAAUCUGAGUUAUUUUUUGAAUAUUUAUUACAGAUGUUAUUUUAAAGUGGUUUUGAAUGUUGUAAAAUUAAAUAAAAUGACGUCUCAGAGCUGGGAGUUAUUUACCAA